GAGGCCAAAUGGGAAUUUGUGAAGGAGAUCGAAGACAAGGUUGUAGCCGAGUGUUUCAAAGAAAACGCCGUUUUCUUCGAUUUGCACGAUCAAGCCGAAGAGUUCCAAGGAUCAGCCCCACAAAAAUUUGAAUGCUUUGCUGAUGUGCUUGGUGAUGUAUCGAAAGCCAACGGAUUAGGAGAAUUAUGGUCAAAGACUGAACCAGAAUUGCGUCAACAUAUCAACAAUUGGAAGAAAUGUCCAUAUGCUGGGAACCAAAUCCAAGUCCUUGCCUGCGUUGCGAGCGAAGCAGCUGCAACCCUUCAAUUGACAAAUGAUUACAUUAAACUGGCUAACGCUGAAAAACCACAGAUCAUGGAAGAAUUCGAAAGUCAAAUUCAACAACGCUGUUCCGGUCAAACAUAUGCCGAACUCAUGGCUGAAUUUGCCAGCGAAGGUGAAACCGACGGAAACCAGGGAAACGGAGUUGAAAAGGUGAAGUGCAUCACCGAAGCCAUUGGCGAUGCUGUCAAAGAGACUGACUUCAAUAAAAUUUGGGGAGAAUACAAAAAAGACUUGGAACAAUUGCACGAACGAGUCAAGGCCUGUAAAAAUUUACCAAGCAAAUGGGAAGCAGCAAAAUGCGUUGCCAAAGAAGUUGAACAAAGCCGCGAAAUUCUCCACAAAUUCCUCGCCAACUUGAAACAAGCCAAUCAAGAGACUUUCGAGCGAGUCAAGAAAUACAUCAAACAAAGAUGCUUCGCAUGAACUCGGCGCACAAAAGUGUCUAUAGAUUCAAAGCCAAACUCAUCAGAAAGUACGUAAAUGAAGUGCAUGCCCGCAAUGGAAGCAACCCAAUGGCUUUUAUUGUGCAAAAGAAACAGAUGAGAAAUAAAUCAAACUUGUUGAACUAAAA